UUUCACCUUAUAAUUUUCCUCCCGGUAGACAGCUUUAUUACGCAAAGAAAAUCAAGCAUUUUAAGCCCAAACGAAGCGCUCAUUUUCGUUUGAAUGAACGUUAUACAGAACCGAAAAUAUUCACAGUAUGUAAUACCGAAUAUCGAAUCUCACAACUGAAGGCACCCUCGAUUAUUCAGCCGAAAUAUGAAAAAACGUGA